AUGUCUGCCUCCACGUACAGCCUCCCGGCGUUGCCCUACGCCUACGACGCUCUCGAGCCCAGCAUCUCGGCCCAGAUCAUGGAGCUGCAUCACAGCAAGCAUCACCAAGCCUACGUCGACAACCUCAACCGCGCCCUCUCGUCGCACGCCGCCGCCGUCGCAUCGCGCGACAUCGCCGGCCAGAUUGCGCUGCAGGGCGUCAUCCGCUUCCACGGCGGCGGGCACAUCAACCACUGCCUCUUCUGGGAGAACCUGGCGCCCGCGAGCUCCCCCGAAGCCGCCGACCCGCUCCGCGCGGCGCCUAGCCUCGUGGCCGCCAUCACCAAGACGUGGGGCGGCCUCGACGAGUUCAAGGGUGCCUUUGCAAAGGCCCUCCUGGCCCUGCAGGGCAGCGGGUGGGGGUGGCUGGUGCGGGACGGGCCGGCCCUGCUGCGCAUCGUGACGACCAAGGACCAGGACCCGGUCGUUGGCGGGGAGGUGCCUAUCCUGGGCGUCGACAUGUGGGAGCACGCCUACUAUCUGCAGUACCUCAACGGUAAGGCUGCUUACGUCGACAACAUAUGGAAGGUCAUCAACUGGAAGACGGCCGAGACGCGGUUCCAGGGCGGCCGUGACGAGGCAUUCAAGGUGUUGAAGGCAUCCAUGUAA